CGGCAGUGUAUCCAACCUGCUGAUUCUAUGCAUAAUGAACAUAUCUGAAUUGAUUUACGACAUGCAGUCUUACCAUCGCAAAAGCUUAUCAAAAACUAUUCGUUCCUCUGUAAUCGGCAAAUCGCUUUUUUACUGACCGAUUAAUACCACUUCGUGUACAGUUAGGUUUGUGCAUUCAAACUUCAACUUAGCAAUGUCUCUCGUGCCGUAUUACUCGCUCCUCCUGAUUAUUUGUGCCCUAGUGGGCAUAAAAGCCCAGCAAUCGUUUGACCCAUGCACGUGUCCUUGUCGGAAAAUCAUUCCGGUUCAAGUGGAUCCUUACUUGAAGACAAACGCCAAUUGUGUAUACAUCAAAAGUGUCUACAGUAAAGGAUUGCUGUUCACUUCGGAUGUAGUCAUCGAAGGCAGUCGGUAUGUUUUUCACGACGUUUCCCAUUACAAGACGGCUAAGCCCAACUAUUCGCACACGGCAUUCUGGAAAAUUUUCUACCCAUGGAGGAACGUGAGCAACACAGCAGAUGUACCUUUGGCCUUGCAGAAUAUCCUGUCCUCGGAGUUUAUGGUUGUGUCGCAUCAAAUCGUGGAAUUUACGAACCGUCAGAUUGUGACCCAUCCCGUGCUGACGAUAUACUCGCUGUGGCACUUCACCUACCCAGGGGGUUAUUACAAGAUAAUGAAUCAGUUUACGAAGGAGUACCUGUUUUCGGACGAACAACACAAAAGCGGUUGGAACGAGGGGAAGGUUUUUACGGACACUAUCAGACGCAGCUCAUCGGAUGAUUUUCCCGGAAAGUAUGGCUUUCAUAUCACACCGUGUUAUGAAUGAUGCGUGAGUGGUCUGAAAUAAAAGAUUGAUUUUUU